CCUGGCUAUACACAGGCAUUGUGGACUACUGCACGAGGUGGAGGCACCAUGCUGGCGCUUCUGCAAUAUGCGCCAAACUUGCUGAGGUGGCAUGCUGAUGUGGCGCUACCUAUGGUCUACAUUGCAUGCUGACGUGGCGCUGCCUAUGGUUUACAAUGCUGAUGUGGCGCUGCCACUGGUCUUCAUUGAUGAUGUGGCAUAUGCCACCUAUCUCGACUGCUGAUGUGGCAUUGUGCCACUGUCCACGCUGUCUACAUGAGGUGACUGGUUGCGUGCAGGAAGAAGAUCGGGUUCUGUGGAUGAAGGAGAUCGGGUACUCACCUGAGGUUGACGUCGACACUGGAAUCUGCUAUGUCUUCAUGGUCUUCACGAGAUAAAGUGCCACGU